GGCUGCGCAUGCUCAUAACCACACUCUUGUCACGUUCCUCAGUUUUGAAUCCAACAACAACUUGAAUACAAUACAUACAUACAAGUCAGAUCAGUGCUUUAUCUACGUGCCGCUGCUUCUUGUUCCUGGUAACAGAUAUUGUAUAUGUACCAUGGAACGAACCUAUAGCCAAGAAACAGAGGCACCUUUGAGUGAUGACGCCUUUGAUAUGCUAGUGAAUGGACUUGGAGAUCAGAUGAGAGGAGACAGCAUCUUUCAUCCAAAUGUACGAUUUGAAAAUGGCUGUAAUGGGACAGUGAAGACUGAAGAGACGGCUGUCAGUCAUGAAACAAUACUACAAAUCGAAUCCAAACCUACAGCCCAACUUACACCCCAGCCUACGCCUGAAUCAAUGCCUUUCUCGGUCUACAAUUUUCCUCCAUGUGCCCAAGGGUUUCAGCAAAUGCUUCCUGCGCUAACAAGGACGUACAGCUUCGAAAGACACAAUAAGGUGCCAGCUAAUCCGAGUCGUGUGGACUACAGUGGGAUUUACGACUUUUGUCUAAAGUUUGAUGAGUCUGGAACGAUCUCCAAGUCCAUCCCUUGGACCUACUCGGAAUCGCUGUCAAAACUUUUUUGUCAAGUAGGCAUCGGUGUUCCGGUGAAAUUCAAAACAAAAGGUAAUGUACCAAGAGGAGCGUACAUUCGUGCUAUUCUUGUCAGUAAGAACAGUGACACAGACAUACUUCUUACAUGCCCAAAGCACGCCGAUGAACUUCGAAAGAAAGGAAACCAAAACUAUGCACACGUAUUGCAAUGCCAUGGUCGAAAUGCUGCAUAUGGGGUUUGCCCAAAUACCGAACGGCAUUCCGUGCGUUUCCCGUUGCUGCCUUGCCAAGCUGGCGUCGAUUAUCAGUGCGAGAUUCUCAAUUUCCAAUGCUUCUCUUCUUGCUUCAGAAAAGAAAUUGAAGCAAUAUUUUCAUUGGAACAAGAUGGAGAGGUACUAGGAAGGCGCACCAUCGGUGUUCGAAUAUGUGCCUGCCCUGGCCGAGACAGGACCACGCUAGAACGAAAGGCAAAAAAAUUGAGGCAAGAGGAGAAACAAAGGUCAUCGAGACGCGAUCUUUCAUCAUCGGAAGAAGAAAAGAAAAGAUGCCCUUGUAAAAAGAAGUGUCUAGUUCAUACGAAGCAACCUUCUGGUUCUGGGCCUUAUUUUCUCAUGAUUAAAACAUCUUCAAAGAAAAAAUUUGAAGGACUAAAGACGGUGCUUGGUGAUGAUCCCUACAUCACUCUAAUCGAGGGCCCGAAAGAGAUCGUAUCAUCGUGGCCGAUAGAAAAUGGUAUUGAUACGCCAACGAACAGCCAGCGAAGUAGCGAAAAGGAGAAGAAAAAGCAAGAAAAUUAAAGGAAAAAAAUUACUAUAUUUUCACAACUUUUUUUUUAAAUAGUUUGUGUUUGUAUUUUAAAAAACUAAAUGAGAUUCAAAAUUAUUGGACUACGCAUGCUUGUAAAUAUUUCUAUUUGAAUAGAUAUUAUUACGAUAUUUGCUAUGAACAUACAUAACUGCGAAACUACUGCCCAGUUUGAAGCUUAAGCCCUUCACAUACAGCUCCUUUUAGCCAGUGGCAUAACGCGGAUAAGGGGCCCCCAAAUUUUAAAAUAAUUUUUUUAAGACUUUGCUCAUGUUUUCUAAAACUUUUUUAGUUCUUGCUUAACGCAUCUCCCCCUAGCUUUUUUUUACAUCUUGCUUUUGUGUUUGACAUGCUUUAUAGUCCUGAAUGGGACUUUCUUGUACUCCCUAGAUAGGGGCUUUCUCUUUAGCGCCCCAUAUGCCUCCGUUAUGCUACUGCAUUACCCAUUUGAAUAAUCUCUAUUCGCGGAUCCGAACAUAUUCGCAGGUCCUCGUGGGAGUCUUAAGGGGCAUCUUCGAACAACUCGCUGCGAAUCAUCCAUAAAAUAGUGUUAGAAUUUAUGAUGCAAUGUCUGAAAUAAUACUGUAAAACUACUAUGCCCAUAUAAUUUACACCGAAGAAAUCAAGAUAGAAUAUAUUAUUGUGCCUAUAACAGACAAACGUCUUAAUUGCCGCAUUCGUUUAAUUACAUUAUAUUGAGCAUCAAAUCUAACAGUAUGGUAUAGGUAUAGCAAUAUCGACUUUCCUUGGGUUCCUUUUAGAUGGCUUGUGUUUUAAAAGUUACAUUGAAAUUAUCUUUAUCACAGUAAGAAAGUAAUGGUUCAUAAAACCACUAUACCUGUCUUUUAAAGAGGUGACUAUUAUUCCUCAAAAAUUUGUUCAAUUUUGGAGAGCGAUUUAGACUUGAAUGAUAAUAAAAGGUUCACAAGGGCUUUGAAAUAACGUCCAUAUUGGUAUUUUAGGUUGAAGAGAACUGCCAUAUUGGUAUUCGAAUUAUUUUGUACAAGUUUUGUAUUUGCUUAUUAUGACGAAGAUAUUUUUAAAUUCUCUAGUAUAUAUACUCCAAAGUUCUGUUGCGAAAAGCUUUUUGUUUCAUUUCAUGAAUGUUUUGUUGGGUUGAUCAUAAAACGCCGUAUUUUCUUUGCUGGUGUAACUUGCAGAAUUAUAGAUAAUAAGAAUUGUAAAAUAGCUAUUUUCCAUAUUGGAACUGUUUUUACUUCGUACCAUUUUUGUAUUGACUGAUUAUUGCUAAGAUAUUUUUUAAUCUAAAAGCGUUUCUGUUUUAUUGCGUAUCUGUUUAAUAAGUGUUUGUUGCGUUGAUAAUAAAAAUGAUAUCUUUU